CCUUAUCAUACGUCACCGUCGUUUCUCAAGACCCUUUUGUUUUGGUCCCUCCGUCUCGCUUCGCCGACCAGAUUUUCGGCUUCUUGUCGAAGUAAAUCGACACCCAGUGACUUGAAGCGCUACUUAAACAAAUUAACUGACGACGCAGAUAGACAUUCCAAUUGGUUUUCAACAAAAUCGACCUUAACUUUAGAUGAGUGUUUUACCGCAAUGGACGGACUGAGAACUAAAAGCAACGCAGACAGCUUUUGGAAAAAGAAUUUAAAAAAUGUACCUGGCAGACCUAGCCCAAAAAAAGAGGCACCCAAAACGAAGGCCCAUGCGACUUCAACCUCGUACCAGGACUUCCAGGAUAGUGUGAAUGACGCCUGGGCGGUCGAGGAAGAUGACGAAUUUUUGGAGCACUCAGAUGUUCGUAUUUCGAGAAAAGUCGCCCAGUCUGCCGCUCUCAGUGUCAUCAAUAGCCACCGGAGUGAAGCAAGAGAGGCAGCUAAGGAGCCUGCCAUUUCACAAGAACGAAAGGCCGACUCUCUUCAACGGCUUGCUAUUCAAAAGGGAGACAAUCCCUUAGGCAUUGAGCCAAUUGUAUCUCCUACGACCAGGCACUUCCCAGGCCACCCGCAGCUACUUGUUUCAAAAAAAGGCCUACAAAUAUCCAUGGCUGAAGGAGAAGCCACAGAUAGUGACAGUGGCAAAGUAGAAAAAUUCCACAUGCUUCUGGAAGAUAAUUUACUAAAUUUGGAUGGACUUCGACAGCUCAGUUGGUCAGGCAUUCCAAUUAAAGUGAGAGCAAUAACUUGGCGACUACUUGCUGGGUAUCUGCCUGCAAGUCUUGAGAGGAGAGAAAAUGCACUUGAACGAAAGCGACUGGACUAUUGGAGUUUGGUCAGCCAAUACUACGACACGGAGCGGGAUGAAAUAUACGCAGACACCUACCGCCAAAUCCACAUAGACAUCCCUCGGAUGAGUCCCCUCAUUCCUCUUUUCCAACAGAAGACCGUCCAGGAAAUGUUCGAACGAAUCUUGUUCAUAUGGGCCAUCAGACACCCUGCUUCGGGAUACGUCCAGGGUAUCAAUGACUUGGUCACACCCUUUUUUAUGGUCUUCCUCCAAGAGGUCACUGCACCAGGCACUAAUUUGGAAAAUUGUGACGUGGUCAGCCUUCCUGAGGAGCAACGAAAAAUUCUUGAGGCUGACUCAUUUUGGUGCCUUUCUAAAUUCCUUGACGGAAUUCAGGACAACUACAUAUUUGCGCAAUUAGGGAUUCAACAAAAGGUCAAUCAACUAAAAGAACUUAUCCAGAGAUAUGAUGUCGAUUUACACAAUCACCUGAUUCACCACGGGGUAGAUUAUCUGCAGUUCUCAUUUCGUUGGAUGAACAACCUUUUGACCAGAGAACUGCCACUCCACUGCACCAUCAGACUUUGGGACACUUAUCUUGCCGAAUCAGAUGGAUUUGCAAUGUUUCAACUCUACGUCUGUGCAGCAUUUUUGCUCCACUGGCGAAGAGAGCUUCUCGAACAAAGAGAUUUUCAGAGUUUGUUGCUGCUUUUGCAAAACCUGCCAACUUCGAACUGGAGCAACAGCGAGGUCAGUGUCAUUGUUGCUGAAGCCUACAAACUUAAGUACAUGUUUGCGGGAGCGCCGAACCAUCUGCAGAACUCCCUGAAGGCCCCGUCCUGACACCGCCGUUCCACGAUUCCGAAUCAUCUCUCUGUCUCUGAUAUAAAAAGUGCUCAGCCGCGGACUUAGUGGACAUCUGUGAUUAAUCAGAGAUAAGUAUCCUUUCGUGUUGUGUCAAACUGUUUAAUUUUUUGCCUCGAAUUUAAUGCAAUUUUCUCAAAUUUUGUGUAUUAUAUACUUUAGUAUAUUUCGUUGGAGAGUAAAAUAUAUAUAAUUGAUUUCUACAA